GACAAUAUAUACCUACAAGCGAGAAUUGGAAAAUUUACAUUUAUAGCCUUCCCGGUAAACCGCUCGGUCGUUUAUGGCGUAUUGGACUUUUGGCUUACGCAGACCGUCGUCGUCGCGAUCGUCAACUCUGCGCACGGAUAAAUAAUAACAAUCGUAAAAAAAAAAAAAAAACGACGUGUAGGCGGCGUACACGGGCUGCAGGCGAUGGCAUACGCUGGCACAAAGGACGCGCGAGUCGGCGGCAUCGGUGCGAGGAUCGCGUACGACGCGGCGGAAUACACGUAAAAUCUAUAUUUAGGGCUCUCGCCGCCGCCGGCGGUGGCGCUUGGUCGUCACGUCGGCGCUGUGCGUUCGGCUCACACACUGUCCGCCGCCCGAUGCGCUUUUACACGAUCGUCAUCCCUUUCCGCGACUUUCGCUCCGGACGUCCCCGUGCCGUUAACACGCAGCAUCCUGUUAUCAACAGCUCUCUCUCAGUUUUCUCUCUCUCUCUCUCUAUAGUUUUCUUUCUCUCUCUCUCUCUCUCUCUCUCUAUAUAUAUAUAUAUAGUUUUCUCGCACACGGUCAAAGUGUACCGGUGGCGCUCCUAACAUUAUACGACAGAGUGCCGCGGUCAUGCGUCACCCGUCCGCCGCCGCCGCACGAGUCCGAUAAAAUACCGACGUACGAACGGCGACCGUAAACACAACGAUGCUGACCGCGCCGGGUGAACGAGACGCGGCGUCGUCGCGUUCGAUUGACAAUAUCGUUGGUUGAGCGCGAACGGCAAUCGCCACUGCAGACGCCGUCGUCGACGACGCCGCCGCCGCCGCAGCCGACCGAUCCGACCCGCGACCAUGGCGACCGAAUACCGACAACGUCCAGGCAUGGGCGACCAUUUCGACGACGAGGAUCUUGUGAUGAGUUCGGCCCAACAGCGACGAAACUGGCGUGGGAUACUCAUUGCAUUAAUGGUGAUCGUCGCGGUUUUAGCUAUGAUAGUAACGUCAGUAGUCUUAUUGACUCCACCUCAACCAGAAGAACUGUUGGACUCAUACUCGGACUUGGAAAAUGGUGACAGAACUGGCUCGGACUACUAUUACAACCAACGAGCGAACGAUGAACUUUGGUGGCGUCACCGAGGUAUGAGGACACUACGUUUAUCGGAUAUACUGUCAGAUUCUGCUAACAUAAAAGUAUUCAACGGCACGUGGAUUUCUGGUACUGAGAUAUUUUACGUGACCGGUUCUGGUGACUUGGCCAUUAUGGAAAUUAUGGCAGACGGUAUUACACAGACUACUCGCCGCAUAAUGUCUAAAAAAAUGUUACAGAAAUUAAAAGGUCUUCUGGUGUCAUUCGAGCUAUCACCUGAUCGCAACCAUGUGCUCAUAGGUCAUCAGGCAAAAAAAUUGUUCAGAUAUUCAAAAAGAGCACGUUAUACGGUGUACACUGUGUCAACCAGACAAAUGACUCCUGUAACGUUAGAAGUUCAUGGAAAUUACGGAAACGAAACGACUUUUACUGAUCUACAGCCGUAUUUGUUACACGCUCAGUGGCAUAAGAUUUCGACAACGACCGAGAAAAGUGUAGAGUCAAUGGCAUUGAUCGUCGUGUAUCGAUACGAUGUGUUCUAUAUUCCAUGGUCAAUGAAAAUAUCAACAACUACCCCAAGUACCAACAUUGGAAAAACUAAUGUCACAGUAAAUUCUCAAACGUCAAACGUCACCAAUUCCUCGUUAACGCCUCUUUCCACUCCAUCUCUAAACGAUAAAUACGACGAUGGUGAUGACAACAACACGUCUUCUAACAAUAUGACAUGGAAGCCAUGGCCUCACGGUCCAGUGCGCAGAAUCACCACAUCUGGGGCUGGUACAUCGGUUGCCGCUGGGGUUGUUAGCAACGGUGUAGCUGAUUAUCUGUAUGAAAUGGAGAUAUUGAAGAGAUCCCCAGCCAUAUGGGCAUCAUCCGGCCGGUACUUGAUGUAUGCAACAUUUGAUGAUCGUCGGGUGGGAGAAUAUAAGUAUUCGGUUUACACGAAAAGCGGACAACAACGUGAUGACGUCGAUGAAGGCGAUGCCGAAAAACAUUCUAAACAGCGAAAACUGAAACGACGCAGGAGGCGUUCAAGGCGAAAUUCAAAAUCUGCAGAAACACCAGACAUGACGGAAGAUGACGGAACAUCUGAUUAUUAUUUGUACCCACGUAUAAGAACUCUAAAAUAUCCAAAAGCAAACACGCCAAAUCCCGUCGUCACUUUGUCGGUGAUCGUAAAUCUUGAUCAACUAGAAAAUCCGCAAAUACAACCAAAAAUACGUAUCUUGACACCACCACCGAUUUUUCAAUACACAAACGAUUACUAUUUCACGGCAGUUCAAUGGGUGAACGACGGAGGUGUCGGUGGUGGAAGUGGAAAUUUAGAAAUUGACGAUGACAAAUCGGGUGCUUCAGCAGCCGAGGUAUGCGUCGUAUGGCUGAAUCGUGCACAAAACACAAGCGUGACGACGCUCUGUAAAUCACCCAUGUGGAUAUGUCAAGAGACUCAAGUAAUUAAUGCGGUGGGAGCUGUUGGCGGCGGCAGUGGAAUAAGAGGAGGACAAGGAAGUGAACCAUUCAACAGUGAUCACGCUCGUCGUCGAUACAGGCGCAAUGGCAACGGAUCACAGAAAUCAUCACAUGAAGUAAGCCACGAUUUAGAAAAAAAUAACAGUAUCAACGCAUCGUCCUCGAAUCAAGAAGACAACCGACGUCGCCGUCAAUCGCAUCAGCACGGUCAACACAAGCAUGGCGGUGAACAUCAACAUAACGGUCACCAUAGCCGUCGACGACGAGAUGGAUACGUUAACACAGGUAGCUACGAAGUUCCGAGAGGACGAUAUGGUGGCUGGGUGGAUGCCACUGUCGGUGGGGCCGGUGGUGGAGUUCCAUCAACCGGAGGUGGUGUCAGCGAUGGUGACUAUCGUGUGGUUUCGUCCACUACUUGGUGGUCAGGAGGACCCAACAUAAAUGACGGAGGAGAAAACUUCGUAGGCGAUGACGGAUACGCGGGUAUUGCUGGUUUUGGUAACACUGGGACUGGGGCUAUGUAUUCCAUGGCCACUUUGGUUCGUAAGGGAUGGGAAACUGGUGACAAAGAACUAACACCCCGAGCGCCGGUGUUCGCAGCGGAUGGUCAGGGGUACGUUAGUGUGGCACCGGUACGUGAUGAUGAGCACAACGACAGCGAUGAUCAAGACAGUGAAGGAGGGGUGCGUCUCCGACGACCGACCGUAAAACACACCCAGUCGUCUCGCGAGCGAAACUCUAAAAGUCGAUUACAGUCGUCAAUUGGAAAGUAUUAUGCGCAGGUGGUGGCUGUAAACAUAACGAAGAAGCUAUUAGCACCUCUAACGUUUGGUGAAUUUGACGACGACAACGACAGCGACAAAGAGGAAAAGAAGAAAAGCAAAGUCAACACUAAAAGUUGGACGGUAGUCAGAAUUUUGGCUUGGGACCAACGGACUGAUAUGAUAUACUUUCUUGGCAUACCAUCUGGUCGUGGCACACCACACCAUCGUCAUUUGUACGCAGUAAAGUUUACAUCUGCUUCUUCAUCUACAAUAAACACUGAUGCCGGUUAUCGAAUGGGACACUAUCAUCAACAACAGUUCCGUAAAACUUACCGUCAUAGCAAUCGAAGUAGGCCAAUAUGUCUAAGCUGCGAUAUAGGUUUAACCGACAAUGUAAGACGACGCGAGCGUCGUGAAUUUGCUGGAAAACAGAACCGAAUGGACGAGGCACGAGACGAUCGGUUGAGGCAGCAACAACGAGAACGAUGGGAAAAUCGAAAGGAAGAAGAAGAAGAUAAUGAAGAGGAGGCUGCCACUGCAGAAGAAGCAGAACGUCGUCAGCAACGAAAUCGUCGACAACAGCAACGAGAAAUUCAAAAUCGUGGUUUGCUGAGGCACUGCACAUACUUCGAUGCCCAAUUUUCCCGGGAUGGUAGCCAUUAUGCUUUAAUAUGUCUGGGCCCAUCAGUUCCAUACGUGACAUUGCACAGAAUCAUAUCAGAUGAAAUUAACAAUGCUGAUGAUGGUAGUGGCAGUGGUGAUGAACCAGAUAAUAUUCCACUGACUACACAGAAAACUCCUCAAGAAUCUUCCUACUCCUUUGAAUUAAUUGCUCUUUUAGAAAAUAACACUCGUCUUCAGGAUAAAUACACGAAUCGAGUAUUGCUACCGGGUACCAGAACUUUCCAGUUAAGACUUUCCGGUGGUCGUAAAUUGACCACUUCAGGAGGCUUACAUUUUAACGACCCACUUGCUGCUGCUGAUUAUUAUAGCAAUGGUGGAGAUCAUCAACAACAAUUUUCGACUAAUAAUAAACGUCCGGAUUCAGAUCCCUUGACUGUAGCGCAAGUUAGAUUGUAUCUACCAUUAGGAGUUUAUGAUCCUGAGGCUGACCCUCGCCCAGAAUUUAUGUCAAAUCAUAUUAGAAAAACUGGUAAAUCUGAUAAUGUUGAUGUUAAUAAUAUUGAAGUAACUACUAAAACCAGUGACAGCUCUUCGUCUAAGCACAGUCGUCGACGACGACGACGCUCAUCAUCGUCUUCAUCUUCCACACAUGAUAACAAUGAUAAUAGUGGAGAUGGGUCAAAACGACAACGACGACCACGCAAAAAACAACGUCAACAUCGUUUUAAAAAGUUAUAUCCUAUGCUUGUGGUAGUAAACUCCGACCCGGGGUCACAGGCUAUCACUGAUCGAUUUGCUGACAGAUUAGGCUAUACGACAGGAUUACUAUGCUCAGGUUCAUUAGGUAGAACACUAUCGAGCUCUAAUGGGAGAACUUCAGCUAGCUCAAGAUACGGUGGGAAUGAAUGGGAUCGUCAACGACAGAGAGGACGUCGGGGUCGCCGUUCUCCAACAACUAGAUAUUAUUCAUCCGGACAUUCGGAUGACUACAAUGACGACUCGUAUGACUACGAUCAAAAUAAUGACGACAAUACUAAUAAUAAUGAGUAUGUGGUGGCCGUAAUAGAUACAGGACGAGGGACGUGGGCUCGAGGUUAUGAGUCAUUAUUGGCCUUAAAUUAUGGGGAUGUCAAUGACGGAUAUGGAGAUGAUAGCGGUGAAGGCGAUGUUGGAACAGGCGGACUUCUUGGUAGUGCUGACCUUCGAGAUCAAUUGGAAGCAGUCGAGUACUUGCUUUCAAGCUCUACCGCUACUAGCGAUAGUUUUAAGGACAGUGGUCAGGGGUAUUACAGCGAAGAUCGCCCAAGAGGUAGUGGCAGCCGUGACCGUUCUAGAUGGUUCUCACCGACUUCGCAGUCAAAUAGAAGAUAUUAUAGCGAUGAUGAUGACUAUUAUAAUGGCGGUGAAGAAUAUGAUGAUAGCAAUGAUAAUAAUGACAACGAAGAUUACUAUUAUUAUUACUACAGCAAUGACGGAGAUAAUGGUGACUAUGGUGAUGAUAAUCGAGGAGAUAAUUUUUACAGAGAUGACGGUGGUAAAAGAAGUCGUAAAGAUCGACGAAGUGCCAGUGACACUAAAGCAAACAGUGAGGCACUGCGGUUGCCAUAUGUGGAUGCAAGUAGAGUAGCAUUAUUGGGCGGCGGACCAACAUCGCCUUCAACUCCAUCAUCAAUUUAUGGUGGAUAUGCGGCUACUCGGAUGGCUUUAUGGCAAACCAUUUAUGGUGGUGCACCCAUUGAGAAAAAAAGUGAUGAAUCUGGUGAUAGAGGAAAUAGAAAAGAACCUGUGGCUAUUCGCUCUUCGUUCAAGUGUGCUGUAACUAUGGCGCCUGUAUGUUCAUGGCGCUUAUAUGUUUCAGCAUUUGCUGAACGUUACUAUGGCUAUUAUGGUGAAAAUGAUAGAGAUAAUUGGAUGUCAUAUGACCGUUCAGAUUUAAUACCAUUAACACCUUCAUUUAAUGAUUCGUCAUUGUCACCGUCUUCAUCUGGAAAAGGAAUAAACUUAUUAGUGAUGCAUGGUACUGCAGACACUACAAUACACCCACAGAACUCAAUGAUGCUAGUUCGAGGAGUUAUGCAACAACAACAGCAACAAUUUAUAUCUAAUGGAUUUGGCAGUGGUAUUGGACGCCGAAAUAAUAAUUCAACGACAUCCGGAGGACGAGCCACUGGGGGAUUUCCAACACGCAUUGGAGCCAUACGAAUAUCACAACUAGUGAUGCCAGAUGCAGACUUGAGUAAUUCUAGAAUGGCUAUAGACGUAGAAAAGGGUUCGCCGAUUGACCAUCACCAUCAACUACUCCACUCAAUUUUCGGUCAUGUCACACAAUAUCUGGCCACAGAGUGUUUUACCAGUAUAGGCGACGGAAACCGAGGACGGGGCUUUAGAACUCGUAAUCGGCGUUUACGAAAACGGAGAAGAAGGAGAUGGAGAGCUGGUAAUCGAGACCCAGAAAAAUUAGAGGACCAACAACAACAGAAGUGGGGAGAUGAACACCAAGAACACCAGCGCAACGAUAAAAGUAAUUCUGGUACUAGCAGUGGUGGUGGUGGUGGUGAUCGUAGUUCCGGUGGUAGAUACCGUCGACACAAUAUUGAUAGCAAUCAGAAAAUCCCAGAAAGCAGUUUGAAGAACGACAUGGUAGUAGUAAAAACCCAGGUUAGCGACGCUAAUGGCGAUAAUAUUAAAAAAAAUAUCAGUCGGCUCAACGGCUACUUAGGAAAUGUAACCAUUCUUAAUAACACUAAAAACAAGAAUAAUAUUGCCAGUAAGAGAAAAAAAAUAGAUGACGACGAUGAAACAGAAGAAUACGACGUAGAAGAUGAUGAAAAUGAGGAAAGCGAUGACGAAUACUACGACGAAGAUGAUAAUGAUGAAGAAGACGACGAUGAUGACGACGAUGAGUAAGUUAUGCUGUAACGCCGAAGUAGUAAAAUUACCGUGAUGAUUUCAUUAGUGAAUUUAUAGUCAGUCGAAUAAUAAAAAUAUAAUAAUAGAUAUAAUGAGUAAUUAAAAAAGAAUAUAAUCUUAAUAGUUAAAUUAGAUUCUUUAAGAGUAUUUCAAUUUUAAAUUUAUAUUUUGUUGAUAAAUCGAUUUUAUGUAAGUCAACAACAAUCAAUCAAAAGUGAACAAAUGUAAAGACUUAUUAUAGACAGACUAUUAAUGUAUCAAAAUGGUAUUAACUAUAAUUAAUAGGUAUUAUAAUUUUUUGGUAUUAAAUUAAUUAUAUAUAUAAAAAAAAAUAUGAGUUUAGUUAACAAUGGUAUUAAUAAUUUAUGCUUAAUACUAUGUAUAAUCUAUAUUUAAAAAACGUGGUCUAUCAUCACUUAGAAUUCUAAUCACCAUAUAUUUUAGGUACCUAUUAUAAGUAUUUAUUCGUACACUUACGUAUUUUUUAAUGUUUAAUUUUUUUUAAAAAAUUAGGUAAGGUAUAGUAAUAUGUACAAUGAAGUUAGGUUAAGCCAUAUAUAGAGUUUACGAUAUAAAUUGGCAGAUUUUAGGUUAGAUUGAUAAUUAUUUAAAUAUAAUUAUUUUCAACAUUUCCAUGAGAGAGAAGUUUUACAUAGUUAUUUUUUAUUUCUUCCAGAUUCAAAAAAAAAUUUUAAUCUUAUUUUUAAUAUACUUCAACGUUAUUAAUUUGUUACCCCCCCUCGUUUUUAUAAGUGAACAUAUGUGUAUAAUUUAGUUAAGAACAUAUAAUGUUUCACUAUUAUAAUAAUCAACGGUUUUACAAACUUCUUUUUUACCUUCUAAAAGCCACAUGCUACUUUUUGAGAACUGGCCCUAAUUCAUGUGCCUAAGUCUUCAACACUUUGGUUAACUAGUUAGGUGAAUGGUUCUUGGUUAACUAGACAAGUCUAGUUUUGAUUGAUAAUUACUGGCCGGCUUGUUCCAGUUUCGACGCCACCAUGUGCAAAAAUGCACCAUGCCUACUUGCGCGUGCACCAGAACAUUAGUUCAGACCCACUGAGCCAAAGGUAAUCCCAUAAAGUUUCACUAUUGAUUUUCAUAAUUAAAGAACUAUCAUAUUUUUAAGACAAUAUACUACCAAUUUCAAUAUUUAUCAAACAGUGUUAUUAUUUAGUAUUUUUAUAUUCAUUAGUUGAUAUUUAGAUUUAUGUUUAUUGUUGUAUAACUCUAUAGGUAUGAUAUUUUCUGAUCUCUAUUCUUAUAUUAAGUGUGCCUCUUAGGUAUCCUUAACUCUCGUCAAAUCAUUAUUUAGUUACAUGACGGUGAGUGGAGACCAGCUUGUUGAUUUCAUAAUGGCACUAUGUUUUUUAAUUAUUAUAUUUUUAGAUUAAUAAAGUAACAUUACUGUUAUUACUAAACAUCAAGGACCAUCGAUUUAUUAAAAAAUAUUCUCUUUAAGUCAUAAAAAUAAAUAGCAUUGUAUAUUAUAUAUCUUUUGAAAAAAAAAUUAUCAAAAAAUUAAUUUUCCAUUUCCAGGGAAAGACUUAAGUAGUAGUAGUAUUGGAGUUCCUUUACGAACUAUAAUAUUUUACCAUAAUUUACAAUCACCAUUUUUGAUAUUUUAAUAACGUCGUUUAUUAUACUUAUACAUAAAUUACAUGUCAAACAACUUGAAUUCUAUUGUGGAGAAUUAAAAUAUACAAUUUUAGUUUUUUCUAUCUUCAUUGGUAUUUUUAACACCACGUAUAUUUUAAAUUCAAAAUCAUAUCUAUUAUAAUUGUUGUUACUAUUACAAUAUUUUAUUAUAAGUCCUAAGUGUUAGUUGUUAAUUGUUAUUAAUUAAAAUUAUUAUUAUAACAUUUUUACCUAUAUAAUACCUAUGUAUCAUAAGUAUGGCGAUAUAAAAAUGUAGCAUAUUAACGAAAUAACCAAUUAAUUUACAUACCUAUACCUACUUCAUACAUUCGGGAGAAUAAUAAUUAUUAAAUAUCACUUUUUACAUAAUUGGAAAUGUAUAAAACACUAUCGUACAUUAUCCAUUAUCGGUUAUCCAUAACUAACCAUUUUUAUAAUAUUAUUGAUAUAAAUUAUUAUAUAAAUGUAUUCUGUUAAAUAAAUCAUUCUAAUAGUUUUUGAAACAUUGAUAGAUAUUGACAUAACCAAAGUUGGGUUUGGUAGUUUGGUUGUAUUUUUCAAAACACGUAGGUAAUACGACAUAUUCUGAUUACUAAUAUAAUUAUUAUUAAUUAUUAAAAACUCAUUUCUAUUAUUUUUGUGGUUUGGCCACUUUCCACGUAAUGCAUAAUUUAUAUCUAUUUAUAAUAUAUUAGACAUUAAUUAUACUCAAAAGAAUUAUAUUUUAUGCGUAACAUUAAAACAUUUUAGUAUCGUCUAUUACUUAUCUCCUUUUUAUUUGAUUUAUUUAUAGAAUUAAAAUACCUACUUUUUAUUAAAAAAAAAUUAUUGAUACUUAUAUUACUUCAUAAACACUUAUAUACCUACCUACUUACCUAUAUUAUAAUAUUAUUGUUUGAAAAAUAGUGUUUAGUGGACCUGUAUUUAUGUUUGUCAUUUUAUUUCUUAAAUUUUUAUCAUUGUUAUUGUGAUAACUUUAUUUUUAUUCUUUAUCAUAUUAUAUAUUAUAUAUAUAUUAUAUUUAGACGGACUAAUUAAUAUUAAGUGUAUAUUUUUCUGUUUCAAUAUGACUCUAUAUUGGUAUAUUAUUACAGACAUAUAGAAUACACGACUAUAAUAUUAUACCGUACAAUUAUUUUAUUAUUGUCACUGUUAUUGUAUAGAAGAAAUCUAAAAAAUAUAUUAUACCGAACUUGAAUAAUAAAGAUUAUAAUUAUUGGUUUUA